AUGCUUUUUGCUGUUGAGGAGAUUAAUAACAGCACAGACUUACUGCCGGGAAUCUCUCUGGGUUAUGAGAUCUAUGAUACCUGCAGUUCUAUUGCCAGAGGAGUAAAAGUGGCACUGGCCUUAAGUAAUGGUAAUGAAGAAAUAAUUGUGCCAUCUGAAGCUCCAUGCACAAAAUCAGCUCAAGUACAGGCCAUUAUGGGAGAGACAUCCUCUUCUCCUUGUAUGGCAAUAGCAACUGUCAUUGGACCCUUUCAUAUACCUAUGAUCAGCCACUUUGCCACCUGUGCUUGUCUUAGUGAUAAAGUCAAAUACCCAUCAUUCCUCAGAACAAUACCCAGUGACUACUAUCAAAGCAGAGCCCUGGCCCAGCUGGUCAGAUACUUUGGCUGGACUUGGGUGGGAGCUCUUAGAACCAAUGAUGGUUAUGGAAAUAAUGGGAUGGCCACAUUCAUAGAAACUGCAGAGCAGCUGGGGAUCUGUCUGGAGUACUCUGUCGCUUUCUACAGAACAGAUCCACCAGAAAAAAUACAACAAGUAAUUAACUUAAUCAGACAUUCCACUUCCAAGGUGAUUGUCACAUUUCUUUCUGCCAAAGAAGUCUAUAUACUUAUAAAAGAGUUGGCUCAGCACAAUCUGACUGGAUACCAGUGGGUCGGUACCGAGGCUUGGAUAUCUGAUUCCAAAACAGCAGUUAAAGACAAACAUCACAUUCUAGAUGGAGCUAUAGGUCUGUUCAUCCCCAAAGCACAUGUCAGUGGAAUGAAAGAGUUCAUGUUGGAUGUGAAGCCACUCAAUUCUUCUGGAAAUGAAUUAUUUACUGAAUUCUGGGAGGAAUUAUUCAGCUGUAAAUUUAGCCAGAGUGGUUUAUCAGAUGAUAAUGAGAAAGAAUGUACAGGAGAUGAAGAUAUAACUGAAGUCCACAACAGUUUCACUGAUAUGUCGCUCAUGCCCAUCUUUAACAAUGUCUAUAAAGGAGUGUAUGCUGUGGCCCAUGCACUGCAUAAUAUACUUGGCUGUAAUACAACGUGCAAUAACAAAGUGUUGCUUGAUCCUUUCACAAUUUUACAUCAGAUCAAAAACAUUCGAUUCAAAACUAAGGAAGGAGAUGAAGUUUACUUCGACGAGAAUGGAGACCCGGCAGCAAAGUAUGAAAUAAUCAACUGGCAGCCCACACUAAAUGGUAUUGUGGACUUUGUCACAGUUGGUCUUUAUGAUGCCUCUUUACCUGCAGACAGACAGAUGAAUUUGGAAAAUAAAACUAUAGUUUGGGCAAAAAACUCACCACAGGUUCCUUUGUCAGUUUGUAGUGAGAAGUGUCCCCCAGGAACUCGCAAGGUUCUGCAGAAAGGAAAACCUGUCUGCUGCUACGACUGUAUACGAUGUGCAGAAGGAGAAUUUAGCAAUGUUACAGAUUCUACCACCUGUGAACGAUGCCCUCCUGAAUUCUGGUCUAAUGAGAAAAGAGAUGCCUGUGUGAAGAAGGAGACUGAGUUUCUGUCUUAUGAGGAAAUUAUGGGAUGCCUGCUCACUGUAACAUCUUUAUUUGGAACAUGCAUGACUUGUCUUGUAGCAUGCAUUUUCUUCAGAUACAGGAAAACUCCUAUUGUCAGGGCCAACAACACUGAGCUGAGUUUCCUGCUGCUCUUCUCUUUAACCCUGUGUUUCCUGUGUUCUCUGACCUUCAUUGGACGUCCAUCUCAGUGGUCCUGCAUGCUCCGUCACACAGCUUUCGGCAUCACCUUCGUCCUCUGCAUCUCUUGUGUUCUUGGUAAAACUAUAGUGGUGUUAAUGGCCUUCAGGGCUACACUUCCAGGCGGUAAUGUGAUGAAAUGGUUUGGGCCUGUUCAACAGAGACUCAGUGUUGUGGGAUUUACUCUUAUACAGGUGCUGAUAUGUAUCCUCUGGUUAACCAUUUCUCCUCCAUUUCCCUAUAAAAAUCUCAAGCAAUUUAACAACAAAAUCAUCAUUGAGUGUGCUCUGGGCUCUGCUAUAGGCUUCUGGGCUGUACUCGGGUACAUUGGACUUUUAGCUUUGUUAUGUUUCGUUCUUGCUUUUCUGGCUCGGAAGCUGCCUGAUAACUUCAAUGAAGCCAAAUUUAUAACCUUCAGCAUGUUGAUAUUCUGUGCAGUCUGGAUCACUUUUAUCCCAGCUUAUGUCAGCUCUCCAGGGAAGUUCAGUGUUGCAGUGGAAAUAUUUGCUAUUCUGGCCUCUAGUUUUGGACUUCUCAUUUGUAUUUUUGUCCCAAAAUGCUACAUAGUCUUAUUGAAACCAGAGAAAAAUACAAAAAAGAAUGUGAUGGGUAAGGGGCUACCAAAACAGGGUUGGGCAUUUCUGCAUCUGCUGCUAGUGGUGUCUUUUUCACAAGCUGAGGAACUGGUUUGUAGACAGAGAGGGAAUCUCGAAAACCCCCAACUAUUAAAGGAUGGGGACAUAAUGCUGGGAGGAAUUUUGUCUUUUCACAACAACUGGGAAAACAGACAUCAUACCUACAUGCACAAACCGCUGCCACUACAGUGCACCAGUCUGAACUUCAGGAGUUUCCAGUUUGCCCAGGCUAUGCUGUUUGCUAUAGAUGAGAUUAAUAACAGCACCGACCUACUGCCUGGAAUCUCUCUGGGUUAUAAGAUGUAUGACUCCUGUGGCUCCAUUUCUGUAGGAGUGAAAGGGGCACUGGCCUUAACUAAUGGUAAUGAGGAGGUAUUUAGACCCUCUGAGAUGCCAUGUACCAGACCGGCUCAAGUACAGGCCAUUUUAGGGGAGUCAAAUUCCUCUCCUUGUAUGGCUAUAUCUACUGUGAUUGGACCCUUUCAUAUACCUCUGAUCAGCCACUUUGCCACCUGUGCUUGUCUUAGUGAUAAAGUCAAAUACCCAUCAUUCCUCAGAACAAUACCCAGUGACUACCAUCAAAGCAGAGCCCUGGCCCAGCUGGUCAAGCACUUUGGUUGGACUUGGGUGGGAGCUCUUAGAUCCAAUGAUGAUUAUGGAAAUAAUGGAAUGGCCACAUUCAUAGAAACUGCAGAACAGCUGGGGAUCUGUCUAGAGUAUUCUGUGUCCUUCUAUAGAACAGAUCCACUAGAAAAAAUAAGACAAGUAAUCAAUGUUAUCAUGGCUUCUACCUCCAAAGUGAUUAUCACUUUUCUUGGCCCAAAGGAACUUUAUGUACUGAUGAGAGAAAUGUCUGAGUACAAUCUGACUGGAUACCAGUGGGUCGGCACUGAGGCCUGGAUAUUUGAUUCUAAAACUGCUGCUGUGAACAAACAUCACAUUCUGGAUGGAGCUAUAGGUCUGUCCAUCCCUGAAGCACAUGUCAGUGGAAUGAAAGAGUUCAUGUUGGAUGUGAAGCCACUCAAUUCUUCUGGAAAUGAAUUAUUUACUGAAUUCUGGGAGACAUUAUUCAACUGUAAAUUUAACCAGAGCGAUUUGUCAGAUGGUAAUGAGAAAGUAUGUACUGGAGAUGAAGAUAUAAAUGAAAUACAGAACAGUUUCACUGAUAUGUCACUCAUGCCCAUCUUUAACAAUGUCUAUAAAGGAGUGUAUGCUGUGGCCCAUGCACUGCAUAAUAUACUUAGUUGUAAUAGAACAUGCAAUAACAAAGUGCAGUUAGAUCCAUAUAUGAUUUUACAACACAUAAGAAAGAUUCAGUUCAAAACUAAGGAAGGAGAUGAGGUUUACUUUAAUGAGAAUGGAGACCCUGCAGCAAAGUAUGAAAUAAUCAACUGGCAGCCCACACAAAAUGGUAUUGUGGACUUUGUCACAGUCGGUCUUUAUGAUGCCUCUUUACCUGCAGACAGACAAAUGAAUAUUGAGAAUAAAACUAUAAUUUGGGCACAAAACUCACUGCAGGUUCCUCUGUCAGUUUGCAGUGAGAACUGUCCCCCAGGAACUCGUAAGGUUCUUCAGAAAGGAAAGCCUGUCUGCUGCUACAACUGUAUACAAUGUGCAGAAGGAGAAUUCAACAACGUUACAGAUUCUAUCACCUGUGAACGAUGCCCUCCUGAAUUCUGGUCUAAUGAGAAAAGAGAUGCCUGUGUGAAGAUGGAGGCAGAGUUUCUGUCUUAUGGGGAAAUUAUGGGAUGUCUGCUCACUGCAGCAUCUUUAUUUGGAACAUGCAUGACUUGUCUUGUGGCAUACAUUUUCUUCAGAUACAGGAAAACUCCUAUUGUCAGGGCCAACAACGCUGAGCUGAGUUUCCUGCUGCUCUUCUCUUUAACCCUGUGUUUCCUGUGUUCUCUGACCUUCAUUGGCCAACCAUCUGAAUGGUCCUGCAUGCUCCGUCACACAGCUUUCGGCAUCACCUUCGUCCUCUGCGUCUCUUGUGUUCUUGGUAAAACUAUAGUGGUGUUAAUGGCCUUCAGGGCUACACUUCCAGGCAGUAAUGUGAUGAAAUGGUUUGGGCCUGUUCAACAGAGACUCAGUGUUGUGGGAUUUACUCUUAUACAGGUGUUGAUAUGUAUCCUCUGGUUAACCAUCUCUCCCCCUUUUCCUUUUAAAAACUUUAAGGAUUUCAAGGACAAAAUCAUCAUUGAGUGUGCUCUGGGCUCUGCUAUCGGCUUCUGGGCUGUACUCGGGUACAUUGGACUUUUAGCUUUGUUAUGUUUCGUUCUUGCUUUUCUGGCUCGGAAGCUGCCUGAUAACUUCAAUGAAGCCAAAUUUAUAACCUUCAGCAUGUUGAUAUUCUGUGCAGUCUGGAUCACUUUUAUCCCAGCUUAUGUCAGCUCUCCGGGGAAGUUCAGUGUUGCAGUGGAAAUAUUUGCUAUUCUGGCCUCUAGUUUUGGACUACUUAUUUGCAUUUUUAUUCCAAAAUGUUACAUAAUCUUAUUAAAACCAGAGAAAAAUACAAAAAAGAGCAUAAUGGGCAAGGGAGGACCAAGAACAAUGUGAGGAGGACAAUGGCAAAGUUUCAGUACUGCUAACUGUGUUUGGAUUCUACCUGAAUUACUGAGAAAUUUAAUGUAGACAGUUACGUUACUGAUAGCAUUAGUCCAACCACUAUAAUAACAAUGGCUGUUAUGAUGGUAGUUGUGGUUGUGUAAUUUUACUGCUAGACCACAUCCCCUAGAUGAUGCAUCUGUUGCUAAAACUGUCCAUUUAACAUUUUGCUAGUGUGGAAAAAACAUCAAGUGGCCUGGUUUUUAACCUGAGGUGCUGCAUCUCUUAUUUUUCCUGAACUCAGGACUUUCAUACUUGGACUGUAUCAUCUGGAAUGAGUAAAAAGGAACAUAACAGAGAAUUUGUACUUUGAGACUUUUAGGCAGAAGUUGUAUCAUGAAAAAUUUACUCAACACUGUGGACUGAGACAAUUAGGCUUUGGCCAAAUCCCAAUUCACCCCUUGGCCCUACCCCUUUGUUUUGCACGUCCAAGUGAAGGGGUAGGGUUGUCCCAAUCCUCGAUGAGUCAAAGGGGAAGGGCUAAGGGGGAGGGCUGUUUGACACUGGAAAUGGA